AAUGCAUGAUUGCAGGAAUUCUCUUUCUUUUGCCACCAUCUUUUGAAUUUAUCUGCUGCACUACUACUGGGUUUCUUAAUUUUUUUCUUUUUCUUUUUAAUUAUUAGCAUUAAAUUUUUAAAAAAAUUUCUGCUGCUUUUUAUACUAUAUUCUUUCCUUUGCUGAACAAAAGUGGCUGGCAUGUUGUUUGGGCUCUCACUUUUCUCCACCAAAACCUUUGCUUUCCUUCUCCAAUUGGGGUCUGACACAGCCCUCUUGUAACUGGUCUCAUGAGUGAGUGAAGGGUAGAGUGAGGAGAGCAUGACUGCUUUCAUAUUGUAUUAUGCACACCAAUAAUUCUGCAAAAGUCCCAAGAGUGUAGAAUUAUAUUGUUCAAUAAAAUCCCAAUACCCCUUUCACCCUUUCUUCUUCUUCUUCAUCAAAAUCUCAUUUUGGUAGAAAAGUAAGAAUGGAGGGUUUGCUUUGUUUCUUGAUUUUGUUGUUCAGCUGCAGCCUGGUUUGCCAUACCAGUGCUAUGCUUUCCCCAGAUGGUAUCAAUUAUGAAGUGCAAGCUUUGAUGGAUAUCAAGAACUCAUUGAAUGACACCCGGGGUGUUCUAUCUAACUGGGAUGAAAGUGCUGUUGAUCCUUGUAGCUGGACUAUGGUUACUUGCUCAACUGAUAAAUUUGUUGUUGGCCUGGCAAUUCCAAGCCAAGGUUUAUCUGGCAGAAUAUCACCCCAUAUUGGCAAGCUAACCCACCUUGAGAUUGUCCUUCUGCAGAACAACAAUAUCUCGGGAGUGAUCCCGGCUGAGCUCGGGAAUCUUCCAAGGCUUAAGACAGUCGAUCUCUCUGAUAAUAAGUUAACUGGUGAAGUUCCCGCGUCUUUGGCUCAAAUCAAAAGCUUGCAAUACUUGCGGCUUAACAACAACAGCCUCACCGGAGCUAUUCCUUUGGUUUUGGCUAAUAUGACUCAGCUGACAUUUCUGGACUUGUCUUUCAACAACCUAAACGGUCCUGUUCCAAGGCUUCUUGCUAAAACAUUCAACAUCUUGGGAAAUCCUAUGAUAUGUGCAACCGGGAAAGAGCCAGACUGCAACGGGACAACACCUAUGGCUCUCCCGUUCUCCUUCAACAGUUCACAAAAUGUGCAGCCCUCUGGAAAGUCUAAGACUCACAAAUUAGCGUUAGCGUUUGGGACAAGUCUGGCGUGUAUCUGUUUGCUAAUUGUCGUGUUCGGGUUCUUUCUAUGGUGGAGACAGAAGCAAACUAAACAAAUAUUCUUUGACAUAAAUGAACAACACCGAGAAGAAGUGUGCCUGGGAAAUUUGAGGAGGUUCCAAUUUAGAGAACUCCAGGUUGCUACAAGCAACUUCAGUAGUAAGAACAUACUGGGUAAAGGCGGUUUUGGGAAUGUCUACAAAGGUCGCCUCCAUGAUGGGACGAUAGUAGCUGUGAAAAGGCUCAAAGAUGGCAAUGCAGUUGGGGGUGAAAUCCAAUUCCAGACAGAAAUCGAGAUGAUCAGCCUAGCUGUUCACAGGAACCUUCUCAGGCUCUACGGGUUUUGCACUACGCCUAGUGAAAGAUUGUUGGUGUAUCCUUACAUGUCCAAUGGCAGCGUUGCUUCCCGCCUUAAAGCUAAACCGUCCUUGGAUUGGGGAACUAGGAAGCGAAUAGCGUUAGGAGCUGCAAGAGGAUUGUUAUACCUGCAUGAGCAAUGUGACCCCAAGAUCAUUCACCGGGAUGUGAAGGCUGCCAACAUAUUGCUCGACGAUUACUGUGAAGCUGUGGUGGGCGAUUUUGGAUUGGCAAAGCUUUUGGAUCAUUGUGAUUCGCACGUCACAACAGCAGUUAGGGGCACAGUGGGGCAUAUAGCUCCAGAAUAUCUCUCCACAGGCCAAUCCUCUGAAAAAACAGAUGUUUUUGGCUUUGGGAUACUCUUGCUGGAGCUCAUCACAGGCCAGAGAGCCUUGGAGUUUGGCAAAGCAGCAAACCAGAAAGGCGCGAUGCUUGAUUGGGUGAGGAAGAUUCAUCAGGAGAAAAAGCUUGACAUGCUGGUGGACAAGGACUUGAAGAACAACUAUGACAGAAUUGAGCUUGAGGAAAUGGUUCAGGUUGCUCUUUUGUGCACUCAGUAUCAUCCUAGUCACAGACCUAAGAUGUCAGAGGUUGUCAGAAUGCUCGAAGGCGAUGGGCUCGCAGAGAAAUGGGAAGCGUCUCAGAGGGCCGAGGCAACGAAGUGCAGAGCCAACGAGUUCUCGUCGUCAGAGAGAUACUCUGAUCUCACAGAGGACUCUUCACUGCUCAUCCAAGCCAUGGAACUCUCAGGUCCCAGAUGAUGAUGCAUUUCUUGAAGGGACAAAGCUGGUAAAUUAACAAGAGAAUCUCAAGUAGCAUAAAGCAAUAACUUUUUAAUGAGAAUGUGUAAUCCUGUUACCUGUAUAUGAUAUGAAGCUCCAAAAAUAGGGAGUAAUUGUGAUUGUACAUGAAAGGUUAAAGGCAAAAACCAACCAACUAUUAGGCACAGAAGUUUUUUUUUUUUCUUCCCCUGCUUUGUUGUUGUAUGAGUGAGAAAUUUUGUGGAAAUGUGCUUUGUAAGAAUAAUAUUUUGGGAGAUUAUUGAUCCUGAUAUUAAAUUUUAUCAUCUCUUUGGGUCU